ACGCGGCGCUACGCGACCGUUCCGUCCGUUCUUCUUCUUCUCCUUUGCUCGCUUUCGUAAUAAAAGAAACAAAACCGAAAUAAAAAGGGUCGGGACGCCGAACGCGGUGGAAGUGCGCGCACGGUGCUCAUCAGUUUUUCCGGGAUCGGCACGUCGUUUCUUCUCAUUUUCCCCCUUUUUUUUUCUGCCAAUUAAUUUCGUUGGACGAUCGGGCGCGCGGUCUGCGCUCGAUCGUCGUGAAACGGUGGCCGCGUUGAAGUGCCGGGACUGAGUAUCUAUAUAAAACGUUUAGAAAAGUGCAUGCAUUGAAGGAAGCGCAAGUAACAGUUCUUUACCAAUUAGAAAUGAGCGUCACCCGGACACUGAAAUAAUGUGAUGUGUAGGUAUUCGCGUGGCGGUGGCGGCGAUUAUUGCGGUGAUUGCGAUGAUUGCGAUUGCGACAUUCUUUGUCGGUGAUUUCAUUUUCUAUUUAAAUGCUGCUAAAACGUUCUUUUACAUAAAAUCAUUUCGGUUUUAAUUUUUUUUUUUCGUGCAAAAUCUGUGUGGAAAGUCCUCUCCAAAACCGAUAACGACAAUCUUUAUUAUUGUUCACCGCUAUCGCGUAUACAUAAUCGGUCAUUCACUCCGGUUAAAAAUAAUACCGCGUUGGCGCGUUACUUUUCCGCCGUAUAUUAAUAAUUAACGAAACGAACGGGAGACGACCUCGUCCUCUGCUCGCAUUUUUCCCUCCUCUUAUUAGUACUUAUUAUUGUCAUCAUUAUUAUUAUUAUUAUUAUGAUUCGAUCCCGAGUUCUGUUCUGCGUUUAACUGUUGGUACGACAACGACGAGCCAGCAGUAGCGCUUGUGGUUCAACCAUAUUUGGCGGUGAACAACCUCGGGUUCAAUGGCUUCAGCCGCUCCUCCAAACGCUUGCGGAUUACUGCGAUCCCUAUAAACAAAAGCCGGCUAUGUGCCGCUCCACGUGUACUGAUAUGUCAUAUAAAUAGCUCGGAGUUGGAAUUUUUCUUUUUUCUCACUUUUAACCUACUCAUAGAGCACUAUUACAAGACAAAUAAACGCAUGUUUGUUGAUAGUCUUCUUAUUUUCAAGUCAAAAAUUUUCUUAAAAACUAGAUAAAUUUGAAUGAAUGAACACUUUAGACAUUAUCAUAAAAGUUAUUUAUAGGUAUCAUUAACAUCACAGCUGAUAACACACACUAUAGUCUUAAAUAUUACGCAACAACGUCGAGUACUAAUUUUAAUUAGUACUCGAUAUUGGAGAAACAACUCAAAUAAUUGUUUAAUGUAAUAAUUUGAAUCAAAAUUUUAUGGGUUGUAUACGUGUCCACAAAUGGCGAUGCCUUUUAUUGACAUACGCGAGCGCAGGGUCGUUGAACUUUCAAAAAAUACACAGAGACCACGGUCUCAAACGCGUUCGCAACAGUACGACCAGCCGUUUAUCGCCGCGUGGAUACAACGCGCGUCCGGAAGAAUAAAAGUUCGAUUUUUGUCCUUCUUUCCGCCGAUCGUUUUUUCAGAUGUUUCAGGUCAUUUCAGUGUCCUUGCUAUCAAUACUAAAAAAGACUUGCUAUAAUAUAGUGGCGUGAAUCGUGUGUAACACGUUUAAGGUACAAUAAUAAAAAAGAAAGGGUAGAGUGAACCUGAUUAAACCUUUAGAAGAAAAGUUUUUUAUUUUUUUUGCCAUGCUACGAUUAGCUGGCACCACGGAUUUUGAAAGAACAUGUGUGUAUAAUGGACCCGUGCUAUACCGGUAGUGAAAACUGGAAUAUAGAAGGUGCCAGGGAGGUUUUGGUGCAUGGGACAAGGGUCUCUUCGACCUCGUCCGCUUCUCACACACCUGGACCUUCGCAGCAGCAGCAACAACAACAGCAACCGCAACAACAGCACCAACAACAUCAAACCGGUACCAUCUCGGAUGACGAUAAAAAAGCUGCUAAUUCCAUUCGAGCACAAAUCGAGAUAAUACCAUGCAAGGUAUGCGGCGACAAAAGCAGCGGGGUCCACUACGGUGUAAUUACGUGUGAGGGAUGCAAAGGGUUCUUCAGAAGAUCUCAAAGUUCAGUGGUCAACUACCAGUGUCCUAGAAAUAAGAACUGUGUCGUAGACCGAGUAAACAGGAACAGAUGUCAGUACUGCCGUCUUCAAAAAUGCUUACGGCUCGGCAUGAGUAGAGAUGCCGUCAAAUUCGGGCGUAUGUCGAAGAAGCAGCGAGAGAAGGUCGAAGAUGAAGUGAGAUACCAUCGAGCUCAGUUAAGGGCACAAAACGACUCUGCACCUGACAGUUCCGUUUUCGAACCACCGACACCGACCAGCAGCGAUCAAUUACAUCAAGGUUACAACGGAUAUCCUUAUGAUGACGUAAGCACGUACACUUAUUAUCCUGGGAACCAAGUACCUCAGACCACAAUGGAUUACCCGGCAAUAUCGACGAAUUGCGUAGAUAGCACCACUCAACACUAUGACCCCAGGCCGGCCUUCGAUGCUUUUAACGAUAGUGGUAACCUGCUGGCCAACGUUGAACCCACUGGGAGUGCCACUAGUUCAACUGGUGGAGGCGCCGGUGGUGGUGGCGGCGGAAGCGGUAAACAAUCACUUUCAAUAUCCGAUAGUCGCAGCUUCAAACGUGUCGCUCAGAUUUCAUCCAAUACGAGCUUAAGCGGUGGCGGUGCCGCGACGGUUUCCGUUAAACAAGAAGGUGCAGUGGACGCCUUAGUACCUAGUUAUGUAGAUAGUACUACCUUUGUUAACUCACCCACCGUACAACAGACUAACAUAAGGCAGCCAACGAGUUCGCAACAACAGCGAACCGUCGACGAAGGCGAGCAAACAUCGUUGCCGAAUCCUAAUCAGAUAUCAGAACUUUUGGCGAAGACUGUCGGCGAUGCAUACACGAGGACGUGUCUUUAUUCUCUCGAAACGAUCCACGAGAUGUUCAGAAAACCACAAGAUCUGACACGGUUACUUUAUUACAAAAACAUGGCCCACGAAGAACUAUGGCUGGAUUGCGCCCAAAAACUUACGGCCGUUAUUCAACAAAUCAUCGAAUUCGCCAAAAUGAUACCUGGAUUUAUGAAACUACCGCAGGAUGAUCAAAUUGUCCUUCUUAAAACGGGUAGCUUUGAAUUAGCGAUAAUAAGAAUGGCAAGGUGUAUAGAUUUAUCGCAAAAUUGUGUUUUAUACGGAGACACCAUGCUCCCACAAGAAGCAUUCUUCACGUCAGACACGGCCGAAAUGAAACUGGUAAGCUGUGUAUUCGAAAUGGCGAGGAGCAUAGCUGAAUUAAAGUUAACGGAGUCCGAAUUGGCGCUGUAUUCAGCUUACGUGCUGUUGUCGACGGAUCGGCUGGGUCUGAAAUGUGAUGACGAUGGCAUCACGAAGCUGAGGCAGGCGGUGACGAGGGCUCUCAAACAUGAACUCGAUAGGAAUCAUUCUCCAUUAAAGGGCGAUGUAACUGUGUGUGAUGCUCUUUUAUCAAAAAUACCCUCUUUAAGAGAACUAAAUAUGCUUCAUAUGGAUGCUUUGGGGAAAUUAAGGAGGUCCGCGCCGCAUUUGGAGUUUCCGGCGUUACACAAAGAACUCUUUAGCGGGGAGAGUUGAGGAAAUACCAAGUGCGAUAUCAAUUUACAAAUUGCAGCCUUGGGUAGCCACGAUUCCUUGAAACUGAAUGCAUCGGCCUUAAUUGCAUAAAUUAUUAUAUACAAAUUAAAAAAAAAGAAUAAUCCGUUAAAAGAAAGAUAUAUUGUUGUGAAUUAGAGAAAUAUUAAACAAAAAAAAACGAUUUAUUUAAAACGCUAUAAAACAAUUGUAUAAAACGGGAAAUAAAUUAUAACCGAUCGAUUUCGAUUUCGACAAAAUAGGUACGACUAAAAUGAAAGGAAAAGAACUGGAACAGAACCGCAGAUCUCUUUUUAUUGAUUCAUUAUAAAUUUGUUGUUUGGUGAAAAACCGCAAAGGCGGGUUCGCGAUAGAGCCAGGCCCUGAUUUCAAAGUACAACUACUUGUUUGUUGUUUGUUAUUUAUCGAAAUAUAUAUAUUAUGCGAAGAGUAUGUAUAUUACUAUAUAUAUGAGGUGCGCUUCCGCGGACGGAUGCGUUGUUUGUGGUGCUUUUAUAAAGAAAAAAAAAUAUAAAUCGGAGAAACGUAUGUGUACGUGCAAGUACCGCGUUUGCGGUUUUUUGUGUAAACAAUAAAAAACGGAAAGCAUAAAUGUAUAUGGAUAUUUAUUACGUAUGUACCGUAAUCUGCCAGACGUAAUGUAAAAAAAUGAAGAAACAUGCUAUUUACAAGUAAGGAUUAUAAGAAGUUAUACACUAUAUUAUAUAUACAUAAAAUAUAUACAUACAUACGAUUAUUAUGCAGCAUCUCCCAGUUGAUCAACAGAUGAUUCUUUAAUUUUUUUUCUUUGUCUAUUUUUUGUAUUUAACAAUUCUGUAAAAUAAUAAACAAGUUCAUGGCGAAAUAAGCCGAAAUGGUAUUUAUAUGAAACGUUUAUCUGUGAUAAAAUGGGGUAUGCUGUCGAACGAGCUGUUAUAAAAACUAGUGUGACUUAUUAAGCAUUUAGACGAUUAUAUAAUAAAAUAGAAUUCUAGAAUAACAAACUAUAUUAUAUAAUAAUAUACGUAAGCGAGAAACAUUAAAAUAGUAAUCGAUAGAAUUUUUAGGUUCUUAGAUUCUAUGAAUAGCUGAUAUGGGAAAGAAAAAAUGAUAAAACAAUACGAUUUAGAAGACUGUUUUUUGCUUAAAAACUUACGACGAGACGUGCUGCACUAAUUUUUAUAACAGUCGAAUUAAAAAAAAAUCCCUUAAUUCUUCUUUUAAGUUACUCUUUUCUCCUCCUACCUUUUGGUGACACAUGGUUUUAUAAAUAAUUAUAAAUAUAAAGAGAUAAAAAAAAUAUAAUGUAUAAAAGUAUAUUGACAUAGAGUUAUUAGAAUAUUUAUGAAAUAGAUUAUCUCAUUAAAAAAGAAAGAAAACGCAUAAAUAGGUUUGUUUUAUUUUGAAUAGUACCGUGAUUAAACGAGAAGAUGCGGUUCACUUUUAGUGUGUAUUGUAGCGUAGCCCUCACCUAUUCACUAAACAAGAAAAAAAAAAUGAUAAUAAGACUUGAAUGAAUCAUUGGAAAAUUCUCAAAUAAAUUAGUAUAAACCAAGUAUAAGUGCCUAUUAGAAUUAAAAUGUGUUUUCUAUGUGUAAUGUGGUAUUUUCGUGGUGAAGUGCAAUUAUAUUCGUAAUUUCUUAUAUAUUGUUCAUUUGUGAGCGCGCCAAUCCUUUGAUCUAGAGAAUCCCGUUAGUUUAAAAGAAUGGAAAUUAAAUAAACGAUUUUAGAACGAACAACCGCGCUUUUGAGAUGUUGUACUACUCAAAAUGAAACAACAAAACUGCCGGUGACAACAAACAACAACACAAUUUUGCCCUUUUCUUUGUCUCUAUUCAAAUAAAAUUAUCAAAUAUUUCCUCGAUACAUUUUUCUCGAUAUCGUGCUAAAAAAUAAAUUGUUUUACUACUUUUAAGUUAGUUUAUGUUUUCUUAACGUACGAAAACCACCGACGAGCAAAUGUAUAGAUUUCCGUUUUUUAUUUGUAAAGAUAAAUAUAUAUUAUAAAUAUUUAUAAAUCGUUACAUCACAAAUAUUGAUGAGUUUCUUUUUUGUUGUAUAGUACCGUGUAUAUUAUAAUUAUUAUUGUGUGACGAUAUAUUUUUCUUUUAUUAAUUAUUUUUUUGGGUUGUUCAAUUUCGGUGGUUUUCGUUCGUUCUGCAGUGUUUUUUUUAAUAGUUUUUGAACGAGGGCUAUGUUAAUCUGUAUUUAACACGACAUGUUAGAAGGACAUAUUUUUCGAUGUACACUUAUGGCAUACAUACGUGGCUGUGUUAUAUACACGAUUUACUUAUUACGAUUAUCACGCUGGGUUAUGGUAACUUUUUGAAAAGCUUGAACACUUUUUCAAACGCUUUCGUAACAAUUUUCGUCUUGUCACAUUAUUUCCAGUUGAUUGAGAGCAUGUUUAUGUAAUUAAAAAAGUCAAUUUUUUUUCAAUUUUCUAAAUAAAUCAAAAUAAAAUUAUAUUGAUAGAAAAAUUUUAAAUAAAUUAGCAAAUUCUAACUGCAUUAGGAAAUUAGGAAUUAGGAAAUAUUUCUUUUGAAAAAGCUGAUAUUAAAAUUUCUUUUGAAGCGAUUUUGUUCGCUUGAAAAAUUAGAAAAGUUAUUUCAAUCGAACGAAAGUUAUAUUUGCUUCGAAAUUUUAAUUUCUAAUUAUUAUUAAAAAGGAAAAAUUGUAGCUAGACUUAAAUUGAGUAAGAAAAGCGGAAGAAGAAGUGAACAAUAAGUUAUCAAAAUAAAAGUAUAUUGUAAAUAGCCGUCAAUGUAAAUGUGGGUAAGGCAAGGGUAAAUGGUAAAAAGCUAUUUGUUAAUUAUUAUAUAAAAGAAAAAAAUAUUAUUAAGGCAUAUAAAGCUGUUUUUUGAUGAAUACAAACGUACCUUGGAGAGACUACAUACAACAAAUCUGUACAUUAUUACGUAAUUAAUUAAUUAAUUUAUUAGAAAUCGUGAGUUUCCCCUUUUACAUGUACUACUACUACUGGUGAAUUUAUUGAAUAGAUUUUUAGAUGUUGCUACUAAUUGUUUAUAUAUUUUAUUUUUGUUGGUUUAACAUGUGCGCGACAUAUUUGUAAAUAUUUUUGUUUGUCCUCGGAGAUCUGUGCUCGUCUCUAUUAUUAAUUAAUUAAUUUUACUGUUAUUAUGUAAUGUUAACGUUUAACUGUAACUUUUUUUUGGGUACUUGUAACUUCGUUAAGGUCUUAUAUUUGUAAGUGGACGGCAACACUUCGCGACUUCUUUUUAGCGAUAAAUAAAAAUAUUAACAAAUAUAAUAAUUCUGUCUUCAGCACCGGUAGAAAUUAUAUAUUUUUUUGUAAUUUUAUUUAUUUUAUUUAUUUCGGCCCUAUCCAUUCAUCCACCUAAUCGAAAAAAGCAUCCUUCUCACUCUUUCAUUCACCCAAAAAAAAAAAAUAAAACAAAAAGAAAAUUACAACAAAACCCCUUCAACUUCUUCUGCGAAUUCUUUGCGACUACCACACGCGAGAAAUGGUUUUUUGAAAAGACCUCGAUUUAUAAAUAUAUUCAUAGCUAUUUUGUAAGCUUAGAUUUUAUUACUACAUUAUUACGAUAGGUACUAUUAAAAAUUGUUUUUGGUAAUUUGAUAAAAAUCUAAAUACAUAGUAUAUUCCAAGUUA